CAACAGAAUCUACCACAUAAACACAGAGUUUUCCACCAGGCUUCACACAGAGGUGAGAACCAUGCAGUCCACCCUCCAGUGUCUGACCUUGUUUGCCAUCCUGGCAGUUGCUGUUUGUUAUGACUCUGCUGAGAGUAACGAGUCAUAUGAAGAUCUGUUCCUGAGGCCCAACAGAGCAAAUACAUUCAUUGGUGCUGCAAAUCGCAACUACUACAGAAGGUUUAAGUCUCCAGCAGAACAGCGCUCUGAGAUUUGUGAGAGUUACAACCCAUGUCGAGUGAUGGCGUAUCGCUACGGUUCCCAGAGGGCGUAUAACACCUACUUCGGAAAUCCUCUAUUCAACAACCGCCACCGCUACUAAGAUUGAGACGAACACACACUGUGGACGUAUCGAACACAGACUGAUCUUAUAUUUCAUAUUCUUAUAAUCUCAACCAUGUUAUAUUCAUCUAUAUUACACACACUCAUUGUUUUUAUUUGUAUUUUUCUGAUGGACAAUGGUAAUGGAUUCAAAUAAAUAAACUAGAUCAACUAAAUCAAACCACGUGUGGAUGAAAAUAGAUCAAGUCAGACUAGAUUUAACUAGAUUGGUGUAAAAAAAGAGAUCAGAUUAAAACAGAUUAGAUGACAGCAUUAGAUCAGAUUAAAUCAGAUGUAUUGAAGAUUCUACACGUCUGGGUUUGAUCAGAUGAGAUCAGAAAUGUUGGAUGUAAUGAGACUUACAGCAUAUCAUACCUUAUUAUACUACACAAACAUUCUUAUCACAUUAUUACAUCAUAGUUUACUC